AUGUUUAAUCUCAUCUUCAGAUUUCCCAAUGCAAAUGGGUGCAUCUUCAAACUGAGCGGCCUCCUUAGUUGCCUAACAGCCUUCGUAUUUGAAGUAGCCCUUGCAAGCUGCCAAUGCUGGCGCCUAUGGGAAUUCAACGACAAAGUUGUACAGUUUGUGUCCUUUGGACUCUGGGAAGUUCAUUACCCUCAAGAGUUUAAUGUCUCAGGGAGUGAAAUCAAGAUGCUGGUGCACACCCCUAUCGAUUCCACCUGGACCAUUUUACCUGAACUUCAGUAUGCAGAGAAUCUGUUAGUAUGGUCCAUUUUGAUGAAGCCUGUAGUAAUGGUUUUCAGUGCGAUGGCCAUUAAGAUCAGCUGCAUGAAAAACCCAGUUGUUGAGAUGGAGAAAAUUUGCUACAAGGUCUCUGCCUUAGGUUUGAGUGUCAGCAGCCUCUUCACAUUUGUUUCCGUGAGCUGGAACUACUUUGUAGAUCAUUAUGGCCAAACCACACUUGGCUUUCCACCUGACUUUCCGGUUAAAACAGAAGCCUUGAUAUACAAACACUAUACUAUUGUGCUACCAUUAGGGGUCCUGACAGCCACCAUGUCACUCUUGGGUGUAAUCAUCUUUCUCUCUGAGAUAAGUUCUUUGAAACAACAGGGUCAGGCAAAGGCCAAGUGUGCUUCCAUAAUGGCCAACCAAGAGGUCUAA